AUGAUCGACGAUCAACGUCGCGGUCCGCCACAUGCGGCCUUAUUAGCGGUGGUGGUUAUAGCAGUGAUGAUCGUUCCGUCGUUAAUCGGUGAAAAUGGCGAAGCAAUCACUGAAUUCAUCUCUGAACUUCUUACCCCAAUUGGAUUACUCCUUUUGCCUAUAAUUUUACUUCUCACGAUUCAAUUUCUCUCAUCUGAUAGCGGCUCUUUCGUCUCGAGUAUUUUUUCGAGUGGUGAGCCAAAUUCAAUUCAUCGUGCUAGUGGUUCCCCUGUUGGUGUUGCUCUCGUUCUUCUCCUUGUUCUGUUUCUUCUGUAUAAUCCAUUUUCGCUCUUUGGUGGUGAUGAUGAAGAUUGA